ACUGAAACGGGCUCAUUUCAAAAAAGUUUGUUGAGAAGACGCCGCGUGAAGUAAGAUAAACGGAAAACGGAAAAACGCCAAAACGCAACAGCGGAUGAAGCAGGGGAAGCAGAGAGAGAGAGAUAGCAGGGCCACUGAAAAUUAAGCGCUAAGCUGAAGUAAGCCAAAAACACUCGGUAUCGAUAUUGUGUUGAAAUUAGCUUGUGCCAGUGUGCCCAAUGUCUACGAAAGUGUAUGUGCGUUUGUUUUUAUAUAACCAACAACAAUAAAUCUGCGACACCAGCAACAACAACAACAACUCAGCAAACAAACAACAAAAGCAACCAAAAUAUAAAAACUAUAACAAAAGCCUAAUCAAUCGCAGGAACUUCGAUCAAAAUAAUCAACAACAACAAACAAAAGCAACUGUCGCGUCUCUAAUUGAAACAAUAAUUGAAAUACCCAGAAUAUAUAAAGUUAGAUUAAACGAGUAAAAAAAUAAAAGCUAAUAACGAAUAAGAAGUACCGUGUACUGAGCGUACUGAGAGUAAGGAGAUAAUAUCCGCACAUCAGCGUUUAAAAGUACCAUACCUAGUUGAUCUUAUCUGUAGCUCAAUUAAUUGCAGCUGAAUGCACGACUCCUUGCAAAAAGAAAAAACAUUGCAAAUCUAGAAGGAUCGUGAAUAAAUAUAGAUUAAAAUCUGUGAGGCAUAUUUUGGGAGCGAUCGAUAGCAAGGACCAAAGGACCUCAUCCGCAUAGCCCAUCACACUCUCUCUCUAUAUCUCAGAUGCCCGCUGAGGAUCCACCCCGAUAAGGCAUCGCAUCGCAUCGCAUCGCACAGCAUCGCAUUCAUUGGACAAGGACAAGGACGAGGACUUGGACCAGGACAAGGACGAGUAGGAGUACUAAACAGUUACUGACGAUCGCCCGCUCGCUCUCGCUCUCGCUCUAUCUAUCAAACCAAAACAAUACCAAUCAAGCCAAAAGCCAAAUAAAACCAAGCUAAACAGACGCCUCAUUACCAAACAUCGAACUCUUGUUUAACCAAAAAAUAAAAAUCGAAUCAAAUCGAACUCCAAACCAAUUCAAUUCAAAAUCCAAUCCAAUUCAAAGGCUACUCAACUCCAACGAGACUCAGAAAACAGAACAGUAAACCGUAACAGAAACCCAAAGCAAAGCAAAAGCAAAAGCAAAAACAUAAGCAAAAGCAUAAGCAUAAGCUAUAGCCUUAGCUAAAGCAAAUCAUCAGUCAAAGUCGAUAACCAAAACCAGCAACAUUCAGUUAAAAAUGGCCGAAGACGCUACCAUGGAGACAUGUCCAAGUCCUGAAAUCGGCGAUUCACGCAAAAGGCCACUCGAUUCCGAUCCGGAAAAUGAACAAACUAAACGCUCACAUUUCAGUUCCGGCGAGACAACGUAUCACAUGAAAAUCCUGGUGCCCGCAGUGGCCUCCGGGGCCAUCAUUGGCAAAGGUGGCGAGACUAUCGCCUCCCUGCAGAAGGACACGGGUGCUAGGGUCAAGAUGUCCAAGUCUCAUGACUUUUAUCCAGGCACCACUGAACGCGUUUGCCUGAUCACCGGCUCCACGGAGGCCAUCAUGGUCGUGUUGGAGUUCAUCAUGGAUAAGAUCCGUGAGAAGCCCGACCUGACCACAAAGAUCAUCGAUGCCGAGUCGAAACAGACCCAGGAGCGCGACAAGCAGGUCAAGAUCCUGGUGCCUAACUCCACCGCCGGCAUGAUCAUCGGCAAGGGUGGUGCUUUCAUCAAACAGAUCAAGGAGGAGAGCGGCUCCUAUGUCCAGAUCUCGCAGAAGCCCAAGGAUGUCUCGCUCCAGGAGCGUUGCAUCACCAUCAUUGGUGACAAGGAGAAUAACAAGAACGCCUGCAAGAUGAUCCUCUCGAAGAUCGUCGAGGAUCCUCAGUCGGGCACUUGCCUGAACGUCUCCUAUGCGGAUGUCAGCGGGCCGGUGGCCAACUUUAAUCCGACCGGCUCUCCGUAUGCCACUAACCAGAACGCCAUCAAUUCGAGCACCGCCUCGCUGAAUUCCACGCUGGGCACCACCAUUGGCGGCGCGAACUCUGCGGCCAGCCUGCUAGUCAACGGCACCGGCAUCAAUUUGUCCAUCAACCUGGGCGCCCCCAAUCCGGCGCCCAAUCUAGCUGUUGCCACUCAGCUAUUGGAGCAUAUUAAGGUUGCCAUGCGCGGCUCUGGCUACUCGGAGAACGUUACUACGGAAGUCUGCAACGCUUUGGGCGUGCUGGCCAAGUACGGCGUUCUUGGCAUGGGUGUGGGCGUGCCGCAUACCAAUGGCGCCCAUUCAACGUUGGGCAAUUUCCUUGGCGUCACGACGCUGGACCAGCAAACAGCGGCCGCCGCAUCCGCGGCCACCGCCAGCAAUGUGUUCGGUGCCGUUGGCCAGGUGAAUCUGGAGCAGUAUGCUGCAGCAGCGGCCGCUGCCGCCGCCGCGAGCCGGCCAACGCAGACGCAACUGGACGCUGCUGCUGUGCAAUUCGAUCCAUUCCGACACCUGGGCUCGGCCACGGCGCCGGCCACCACGCCCGUCUCGCUGAAUAAUAACAGUUUCGGGCUGACGGCUGCCACGGGCACGGCGACCACGGCGCAGCUGGGCGGUCUCAGCAAGAGCCCCACACCGGGUGACCUAAGCUCCAAGGACUCCAAGAACGUUGAGGUGCCGGAAGUGAUUAUCGGCGCUAUUCUAGGUCCGAACGGUCGUAGUUUAGUUGAAAUCCAACAUGUUUCUGGCGCAAAUGUGCAAAUUUCCAAAAAGGGCAUAUUCGCACCUGGCACUAGAAAUCGCAUUGUUACCAUAACUGGUCAGCCGAGUGCCAUUGCCAAAGCGCAAUAUCUAAUUGAACAGAAAAUCAACGAGGAGGAGACAAAGAGGGCGCGACAAAUUCCAUUAACCACUGUUGUGAAUUAAUAAUAUAACCAGCAAAACUAAACAGAACAACAAACAAACAAACAUCAAACAAACUAAGAAACCAAGAAACAAACAACAAACAAACAAACAGGCAAAAAAAAGCAAAGCAACAACAACCAAACUAUCCCCCAACAAUACACACACAAGCAAGUUUUUCGUCUUAAAAACCAAAUUGUUAAUUUCUCAAAAACCCUAAAACACUGAACACGUAAUACAAACAAGAAACAUAUUAUAAUAAUAAUAACGAGAAAGGUAUAGGAGAAACACCAAUUGUUAUGCGUGCAGCUAAGAGUUAAGCAAUUAAUAAAUAAUAAUUAUGUAUUUGCAAAAUCCCCCGCCCCCCCAAGUACACUUUUUGAGUAAACUCUGUUCCAAGCAACAAGGCCUUCACCUAAAACGAAAACUUUUGCUUUAACUAAAACGCGAGUAAACGUUAUGUAAUUGAUAUGAGAAAUAGUGAAAAUUUGUAUAAUACCAUCUACUACUACCUUUUACCUUCUACUAUACAUUGUUGCAUUUGUUUGUCAAAUGUUGAAUUUGAAUUCGAAAUGAAAAUCGAAUCGCAUUCGAAGCUCUUUGAAAUUUAAAUCGAAAAUGAAAGCUACAUUAGAGAGAAAACUGUUUGGGUUUUUGUUUGUGAUGCGUAUGUUUGCGUUGCGUGUUUUGUUUUUAAUUCUAUACCAUAUACAUGGGCUAUAUGAUUGCAUACCCAUGUACACCGUUGUUGAGUCUUGUUUAUAUAUUAUCUACACACAUAUAAGCCACCACCACUUACACACAACACCCACACACACCCAAUAAUUAGCAUUAUGUUGAGCUAAAGUUGAACUGUUUUCUAUUAUACAAUGAGCGAGCGUUUUCAGUGAAAACUUCAGGUGAUACUUACCCUCGAAAUAAGGUAAAUAUUUUACUACAACCCUACGACAAAAAAGAAAAACGAAAAACUGCAACAGGCUAGUGAAAAAGUAAUAAUAAUAAUAAUGAGUGACUUUGUUGACAUUUUACGUGCUCUCGUUACCAGUUUCUGUUUCUUACCUGUUCUCUGUUGCCCCCUCCAUAAAUGCUUAUCGCUGUUAAUAUAUUCACCUACGAUUGUCCCUACUAUAUACUGCGACCCCUGUAAAUGAACACUACAGUUGAUGUUGAUCAUGAUAAUGUUGUCUAGUUUUAGAGAUCCGAUCGGAUCGAGUGGUGUUAAUGUGUUGCGCGCGCACGUGAGUCUCCUUUUGGUUAUGAUUUUGUGCUCCCGAUUUGUUAUCUCCUUAUCUUUUGUUUUCUAUAUAUUAUUUAUAUAUAUAUAUAUAUAUAUAAACACAUUGCGAUUUUUUAGCUGCCAGUCUGAGAACUGCACUUCUUAGUUUUUAUUUUUUUUCUAAUGUCACUUUGCGUUUUGUUAACUAUACAUUUCUUUGGUAAAUUUAGCACAUUUGUUUCUUACAUUUUAAUUUUAAGUCUUACAUUUUCUUUCACCUAAAAAAAUACAUCACAAUAUCUUAAAGCAAAAAAAAAAAAACAGAUUCUUUGUAAAAUAUUCACAUAAAAAAGCGUUCAUUUAGAGGUUUCUUCAUUACAAAAAAAAAUCCAACCAACCAACAAAUAUCCCUUCUUAAUUUUAAGUAUUGUGCAAUUUAUAAUCAUUAUUUUCCACAAACAUUUCACGACGAUUGUAUGUACAUAUCUUACCUAGAAAGGCAGUGUAAAGACAAAAGAUGUUAACAUCACAUUUAAACGAAAAUUCCCUUAAUCAUAUAUAUAUAUACAAAAACACUCACAAAGACAUACAAAACACUCACCUGCAGAGAGAUAAAUGCCUUACUUGUAAUGAACAUUUUCUUAUUUACUUUAUUCCUUACACAUAAUUUAGUUUAACACACACACACACACACUCCUCUUUUGAUUAAUAAACAAAGAUGAAGCAAAAUUUAAAUAAAAUUUGAUUACAAAACCAAAAUACUAUGGAACCCGCAGAAAUGUUUAUUUUGUGUUUAAUUUUUGGGCCACCACCAACCCAUUACCUUGUCACCACCAACCCAUUCACCCACCCACACACCACCAGCGUCGCAUCACUAACACAAAAACAAAAAAAAAAUAUAUAUCCCAAAACUACAGUCUACGACAUUAUCAUGAUCAAUCAGAAUCAACUCAAAAUCAGCCAGUUUGCCAGUCAAUCGUUGCUCCGUUCGAUUUCAAUCAACCUCAACUUCAAUCACUGAAAACGCUCAUCACCGUAGAGAAAAGAAACAAACGAAAAGAAUAUAUAGAAACAAACAAAACAAACAAACAAGAACCGCAACCAAUCCUAAGCUAAGUCUAUAUGUUUAAGUUAUAAAGUUGUUCUUAUUAAUUUUUGCUAUUAUUGUUAAAACUGACCUACAAUUGUUCUUAUUUGUGCAAUAUUUAUAUAAUACGAUUAAAAUAUGAAAUCAAAUGAUAAAAAAAAAAAAAACAAGAGAUAAUUAUAAAAAAAUGAAAUAUAAUUGAAACGUGAACAAAGUCUAUAAGCAAACUAAAGAAGAGAGAAAGGAAGGAAACAAAAAGAGAGUUAAUUGAAAGUACAGUCGUAAAUGCUAGUGUGCCUUGAAAUAUGCAUUAACAUCCAAAAGAAAACAAAACGAAAAGAAUUACCGAAACAGAAUACCUAGGGGGAAGGAAUAAAUUGAAUCGAUGUUGGUGUUUUAUUAUUAUUAAAUAUUAUUUCAUGACUUCAUCAAGAGAAAUCUAUCGAUCAGGACGCCGAGAGAGAGGAGAGACAGAGAGUAAAUGCAAUAGACCGUCUAGGCUAGGGAUCUGAGCUUUUCAGGCGAACAGCAUAAUAUUCC